UGCAGCUGCCUCUCUCGCCCUGCAAAAUGAACAUUGUCAUGGUUACAAGAGAUGGGAUCCCAAUGGACGACUCCUCAGUGAAACCGGAUCGCACGCCGCGCUCUCAUGGGAACUGGUCUCCACAGAGGUACUGUGGGUCUUUGGCUCUCAGACGGUCGGAGAAGGGGGAGGAGGAGGAGGAGCUGCAGGUGGUUUCAUCUUAUCUGCACACCCACAAACGGUUGUCGUGGCUGUACAAGGAUCUGGACACAUCUCUGGUUGCGUGCAGGAGGAGAGCAGAAGCAGCAGCAGCUCCGGAGAGAAGAUGCCUCGCACUGCCUCCGUGUCUCUGUCAUUAGUCCUGAUGUGUGUGUGCUGUGUGGAACAACGUGUGUGUUUCCCCAACGGCUCGGUGGCCUCCUCCUGCGGCAGCCUGAUGCCAGCGCACCCGCCCUUCAGCCCCUCCGCUCGCAGCCCACCUUUCACUCUGUCCACCUCCAGCACCACCUACAGGCCUGGUGGGGUCGUUACAGUGACGGUGGAGGUGGUGGAGAGUAGCCCCUCAGAGUUCCAGGGUUUCCUGUUACAGGCCAGGAGCACACAGGUAAACGCUCUCCUGUGGCCUGUAGGGAAGUUCACCAACAUCAACACCAGCCUGUUUACUGCACUGCACUGUAAAAACAUGGAGAACUCGACUGUAAGUCAGGCAUCAGGAGCCAAGAGGAAGAAGGUCCAGCUGACCUGGGAGGCUCCUAGCAACUGUAACUACGGAGAGAUCUACUUCAGUGCCACUCUGGUCCAGGACUACACAACAUUCUGGGUUCAGCUCAACAGCAGCUCUCUGAGACUAGACAACAGUGGAAACUCUGCAGCUGGAGUCGUCUUCUCCUCAGCUCUGCUCUUUGUCAACCUGCUGAGUCUGUCUGCCUACUGCUGACUGACACACACACACAGAUGGCUCAUCGUGAUGUGACGUUUCAGGCUACAUAAACAAAUAUAAAUAUUUCUAAAUAGGAUUUAUAAGAGUUGUGACAAUAAUAUAUAGACAAAUGUCUUUAUGGGUGAAACAUGUUAGUUUGUUGAAAAUGUCUUGACAGAUUUUGAUAUAUAUGAAUUAAUGAAUAGCAGGAUAAUAAAUAAAUAUGUACUGAUGUUAUAAAUUGAUCAUAUAUGCAUUAAUUUUCUAAAUGUCUAAAUAGUAUAGUGAAUUUGUAUAUCAUAGUAGGCCAACUUGUUUCCAGAAAGAAUUGUUUGUAAUGUUUUUUUGUCUGAAAUAUAAUAGGUGUUUGUUUAAUUGUCUUUAUUGAUGUCAGGAAUUUAGGCUUUAAUGUUUAGUGUGGAAGAGCUCGGGGAUCCGACAAAAAUCAUAAAUCAUAAGCUGUGUUCCGAUUCGGGGCCACGGUCCUUCAGAGGCUGCGUUUGAUGACUACAUGGGCAGGCUGUUCCUUCACAUGCGUCCUUCCACCAUGUUUGAGUCUUUUGUGCAGACAGUAUUCACGGUUCUUUUGUUUUUCAGACUGAGCUUCAGCACCUAUUUGUUUCCUUGAGGUUUGAAGUGGUCAGGUAUGUAUACUUGUGAUGUCUGUUCUACGUUUGU